AUGAAAGCACAUGUGAAUAAGCCAUUCCAUCCCCUUCUCAGGAUCCCAUUCCCAGUCCAUAGGAAAAAGGAAGGUCCUGAAGCAUCGGUGGUGCAAUACAGAGAGAUGGGACUUGGUCAUCUGACAACACCUGUGCCAAAUGGAUUCACACUGACAAUCUCUAGGCAAAACAGGCUGAAAAAUCAAUACCAUUAUCCCUACUUGCAUGAAGUGAACAAAAACUACAGAGAUUGUGCAAAUUCUACAAUCAUUCCUCAUGACACAGAUUCUAGAAUCCCAGAUUUGAGUGUUUUCAAAUCAGAGAUCUGGCACAGAGGAGUUCAGCAGGCCAAGAAGUUCAGCAGCUGA